GAUAUAGUGAAUGCGGGGGUCCAGGGAGACCGGAGGGUGGAGUAUAGUGAAUGCGGGGGGGGGAGGCGGAUAUAGUGAAUGCGGGGUCCGGGGAGAGCGGAUAGAGUGAAUGCGGGGUCCGGGGAGAAUAUAGUGAACGGGGGGAGCGGAUAUAGUGAAUGCGGGGUCCUUGCGGGGUCCGGGGAGAGCGGAUAUAUUGCAUGUUCUGUCUUAGGUGAAAAGUGGGUGGAGUCUUGAUGGGAGGGGCAUGUUGUGACCAUGAACAAUAUACAAUGUAUCUGUG